CCGCCCUCUCUUCUAGCAGGUCCACUUUCGUUCCUGCUCCCAUUGGUUGUUCAGAAUGUGCGAAGUGAUUGGUCAGAGGGUGAAGUGGGUGGGACUGAUGAAGGAAGCAUGGCUGGGCUGUGGAGGCCUCCCCGUGACUGUAAUGACUACUGGGAUGAAUGGAAACACUGUAAGAGCCUAAGGCAUCGUUUUCAUUACUACUACACUCAUGGAGAAAAACCAGCCUGCCAGCAGUGGAAGGCAGACUAUGCAGCUUGCCAAGAGUGGGAAAGGAAAAAAAGCCAGACAGCAAAGGAAGCUCUACUACAGAGUGAGAAGGCUCGGCAAAAUGAAAACCAGAACAGCAAUCCCGUGUGGACAAUGAGGAAGUGUCCUCCUGCAGACUGGAACCUGCCACUGGAUAGAUAA